AUGGACAACCUAAAAAAAGUCAACAUACCCCGGCUCAACUUUUGGGAAAAGGCAGAUAUACCUUUCGCACUGCUCUCCAUCGUGGCCGCAGCGCUCAAGGCUACUGUUACUGGUGUGUUCCGGGACCAAUCCAGUCCCGAGAAGUUCGCCCAUCAUGUCAAGGCUGCCGUUAUCCGUAGACUGCUUGAUCGUACUUCAGGUCCCCAGAAGCUGUACGUUUACCUUAUUUCGUGGAUGGAUUUGGAGGAUGAGGGCGGACGUGGUGGAAUUGAAAACUCGGCUGAUGAUCCCACUGCUAGGUAUAUAAAUCUACCAACGACUGAUGUCUAUAUUUCCGUUAUGCAUAAAGGCGGUCACCGGCCAGAGAUAGUGUCUCUUGCCCACGACGCAGAGGGCUUCUGGCUCGGAAACAAGGACGCGAAGACCGUCGUCGUUUACUAUCAUGGUGGUGGCUUCGCAAUGGCAGCUGUUUCCGCACACUUCCAGUUCUGGCUCGACCUAAUACAUGAAGUUAAUAAUUACGGUCACGAUAUCGCUGUCUUCUUUCUUCACUACACCCUUACUCCAUACGCUACAUACCCGACACAGCUGCGCCAAGCCGUCGAGGCACUACGGCACAUCCUCGUCGACACUGAUAGAUCGGCAAGCAGUGUGAUUUUGGGUGGCGACUCUGCGGGGGGGAACCUGGCCAUGGCAACACUACUGCACUUGUCGCACCCUCAUCCUGAAAUAGAGCCCAUCUUGCUCUUGGCGCCAUUGGCGGGUGUAUUUAGCCUCUCACCCUGGAUCAACUUCAAGGGGGACUGGAUCUCUAUGAAAGAGAAUAGAUGGAAGGACAUUAUUACUCCUGGAGCAUUGAGAACUUGGUCCGCUGUUUAUAUCGCAGAUAAAGGGGUUGAUUACUGGAAUGAGCCAGACAGAGCGCCUGUGGGAUGGUGGAAAAACGCCAAAACGGAACGAAUGCUAAUUUUGGCUGGUCGUGAUGAGAUCCUACUUUCGUCGAUUGAACAAUUUGCGAAAAAGAUCAAGUCUGUCUUUUGGAACUCUAUUUACUAUGUUGGUUAUGGUGAAUCUCAUGAUGCGCCGUUUUUCGUCGAAGCCGGCUCAAAGGAAGGAACGCAAACUGGUAACAAACUGCGAAAGUGGAUCCUUUCCCUCUUGUAA